CCGACGCUUUAAAGGCGGAGCCUCACAAAGGUGGACUUUGGACCGGAGAGUUAGUUAACACACUUAAAACAAACCCAGGGCAAGCAAGUGUGGAUUAGGUGAAACUCUUAAUGAAUCUUCAUACUGGAAUACUUGAACUACAACACUUGUUGCCGAAACGAGUCCGGAUGGUUUUGACGCGAGAUCAGCGUUGAGAUUGUCAACCUGCCGUGGAAACAAUGCAGGACUAGUUCAACGACUCACCCACACAAAUGAUGACAGAUGUUGAUGGAAAUGUUUAUUUUUCAAUGGACCUUCUGGCUUCUUUUAAUGGCUUUUCACAAGUUGGCCUGCGGUUUGGAAGGAUAUGAUUACCCAGAAGUAACCUGCUCACAGGGUCUCUCUCAGUGUUCGGUGAUGAAUGAGAUGCCACUCAACAUCCCACAGAGCGAUGCUGUGGAUGUCAAGAAGCUGACAGCAAAAGUGGAGCUGCGCUGUGGGGACAAUGCAGCGUGCACAAUAUGUCUGCUGAUUGACACUCAGCUCUACGUCCAAGUGGAAGAAGAUAUGGACCAACAUCGACACAACCAGGAGGCGAAUAACUCAACAGUGGCAGCGUUCGUGGCCUUGUGUUACAAAACGCCACAGACUAUCCCGGCCUGCAAGCGGGUCAGCUUCACGGUCAAACGCACGACUCUUCUGCAGAACUUGGUGACGGUAUCCUUGAUCAUCUCCAAGCCAGCUGGGAUUUCCUUCAGCAGCAUUGUGCUCGUUUACUCUGAUGAAUCAAUGCAGCCAAUCAAAGUGGACGUACCCUCUCUGAAUGAAGUGUGCUCCAAAAAGCUGACCCAACACAUUGAAGAAUGUCACAUGCCCCAAGUCAGCAGUGUAAUUAAUCAAGAAAUGAAUCAGGUGGAGCUGAAGUUUGCUGCCAUAAACAUGAGGUUUCCUUCAAUGUGCAUCCAGUAUGAGGCCAAUGGAAUAUGCCAGAUUUGGACGAGGAAAACCAUCCCACUGCACUCUGUGGCCCCCUGCUUGUGUCUCCAGGUUUGGGAGGACGACGAGCGGAGGCCGAGACGCUUUCGAAGCUGCCCCUUCAAAAACGAACGGUUCCUCCACACCAGCCUGCUGCGCCACAACGUGUCCACUUCGGUGGUUUACGCUCAAAUGAACAACCGAGGCCAAAUGCUGCAGUGGAACGUGUCUGCCCCCUGUCGGCUGGAGGGGGAAGUGUGGCCCUGUCGACGGACUGGGCGUCACAGCUGCAUUGAAAUUGAAGGCUUCAGGCAGCUGCUGAACAAAACAACAUGGAAGCAAAGCAAUGGACGCUGGGUAAAAAUGGUGGUCUUUGAAAACAUCAACCUGCAGCUUUCGCCAUGCGUGAUGAUGAAAGUAGGAAGUGAAGCAGACCUCCCCCUCGGUCCUUUCUGUCAUCACAACUCAGCCGCCAGGCGGCGCUGGUGUUUGCUGCUAGUGGCUCUUUUGCUGCUGGUUUCCUUGGCGACACUGAUGUUGUGUUACCUGCAUGACUUUGUCAAGGAAUGUGUGCACAUAGCUUCCCGUGGAGUUAGGACAAGUCCGCACGUCGUGCUCCUGAGUCCUCCAGGUGUUGACAAGGACGUUUCAGAGAAGGUCUGUGACCUGGGCUCUAUGCUCAAGCAGCAGAAGUUGAGUGUGUGCGUGGACCAGUGGAGCAGGAGGGAGCAGCACAGUCUGGGCCCCGUGGUCUGGCUUCACUCCCAGCUGCUGCACUCCAAGAGCCGUGCGGUGCUCAUCUUGACCCCCGGAGCCUUGGAGCUGGCGCAUGAGUCGAGCCGUCGGCACCAGGAGGCGGAAGGAGACUUUGGGGAUGUGCCUCUCAUACCGUCUCCCUACUCGGACGCUUUCACCGCCUCGCUGUGCCUCAUCCACCAGGACAAGCAGAAGGGUCGCGUCGGACAUCGUUUUCUCCUGGUCACCUUUGACCCCAGCGUGGUGAAGCGCCACGCUCGCUCAGCGGGACUGUUUGAGGGCCUUGAGCUGCUCCAUAUUCCCUCCCAGACCAAAACUUUAAUAUAUGAGCUUGGAAAGGGGAAGCCUAGGUUGGAUGGAGAUUAAAGUAAUUGUGUGUUGCAA